AUGUGGCAAACAUUAGCUUUGGUGACGAUUCUGGGCGCUUUCGCCUGCCAGCAGCUUGUCUGGUCGAAAACGGUUGAAGUUCCGGCAGUGGUCGAGAACGUUCUUCCGCGGUCCGACGGUAAUUUGCUGGCGGAGUUUAAUGACAUCUUCAACCAGCUACACUAUAGGGUCGACUACCGGCUAAGAGUGCUUCGUAUGAACCAAUCUAGCGCGAUCAAGAAUCUGAACGCACAGUUCAUCUCACGCUUCGGCAUUGUAAUCACCGACAUUCAGCAGGAAAAGCUGCGCGUUAAGGAUGCCAUUUUGCAGCAUGCGCUCGAGAUCGGCGACACGCAGAAUCCGUGCAUCGUGGAGAAAAACGACGAAGUGCUCCGACAGGCGACCCAGGCGGCCGCCGAAAUUAGUCUGGCCGCGGAACUCGCCUACGCCGACAUGGCCACGGCGUCACGCGUAUUCUUCUACCCGCAAGUGCAGGCUUUCCAGAACAGCUCGACGGAGCUGCAGAGCGAGGUACUGGACACGAUCAGCCGGUCGAACAUUGUGACCGACCUCCCCAUGACGCUCGCUCGGCUGGCGUACGCUUACACAGCCGAAGAGGAUAAGGUCGAACGUGUGACGGCCGGGAUCGAGGUCGAGCUUGACAACUUUCAGGAGGUGGUGAACAACGCGCGCCGCGAUAUCUGGGCCAUGUCGGAUGCGAUCGGACGCAAUUUCAUUUUCAACGUCGGUCUACAGCUAGAGGAAGCGCUCCUGUGUGCGUAG